AGAGGCUGGAGCCGGGAGAGGCAGGCAGCAGCCUUCCUGCAUCCCAGCCGCCCGCACUGCUCCACCAGAUCCUCUCCUGGCGUGGGGCUGCCUUGCCGGGCAGGGGCUGCUGUCUCCAGGCGGUGGAUCUCUCUCCCACCCGCACACAAGGAGUCAUGCCUCUACUCUGGACCCUCCUGCAUGUGCUGAUGCUGCAGUGGACUUCAGGUGAGGAGGCCACACAUGGGCAUGCUGGGCUCACCUGGGAAGGCAGCACACAUCCAGGGCAGGAGGAUGAGACCAGCAGAAGCAGUUUGGGGCUGAACUUUCUGCUGGAGGCACCGGUGAAGGUGCAACACCCACAGGAUGGACUGCAGGACACAUCAGCACCAGGGGAGAGGCUGACAAGGACAAGGCUGCGCCGAGGGACGGAGGACGAGGACUCCAAGUCAGUCCAGCAAUAUGUGCCAGGUGUGCGGGUGGAGUUCCCCCGGCCCAUCAACCCUGGCAGCCUACGGCCAACCAAGCCCCUGGUGCCCUCCAGCACAGACCCAUCCAAGCACCAGGAAGGGAGCCACACCAACCCACAGGGCACAGACCCCCGGAGCAACCUUACCACAACACCGGACAAGCGGAUGCAGAUCCAGAACCCUCUUUACCCGGUGACUGAAAACUCAUACAGUGCCUAUGCCGUGAUGUUCCUGUCUCUCAUCGUCUUCGCAGUGGGCAUCAUCGGGAACCUCUCAGUCAUGUGCAUCGUCUGGCACAACUACUACAUGAAGAGCGCCUGGAACUCCAUCCUGGCCAGCCUGGCAUUCUGGGACUUCCUCAUCCUCUUCUUCUGCCUGCCAGUGGUCAUCUUCAAUGAGCUCACCAAGAAGAGGCUCCUGGGGGAUAUCUCCUGCCGCAUUGUGCCCUUCAUGGAGGUAUCUUCCCUUGGAGUCACCACCUUCAGCCUCUGUGCCUUGGGCAUCGACAGGUUCCAUGCAGCUACCAGCCCUCAGGCCAAGACGAGGCCCAUUGAGCAGUGCCACUCCAUCAUCGCCAAGCUGGCAGUCAUCUGGGUGGGCUCCAUGACCCUGUCCACACCAGAAAUCCUCCUCUGGCAGCUGACUCAGGACACAUCACCAGUGUCUGGGGUGGUGACCGAGUACUGCACCAUGAAGCCUUCAUCGGACCUGCCUGAGUCUGUCUACUCCUUGGUCCUCACUUACCAAAAUGCCAGGAUGUGGUGGUACUUCGGCUGCUAUUUCUGCUUGCCCAUCCUCUUCACUGUGAGCUGCCAGCUGGUGACCAGAAGGAUCAGCAGCAAUGAGAAGAAAGCCGAGUGCCGCGGGACCAAGCACAGCCAGUGCGAGAGCCAGCUCAACUGUACCGUCAUCGGGCUGACGGUGAUCUACAGCCUCUGCACCAUCCCUGAGAACAUCUGCAACAUCGUGGUAGCCUACAUGUCCCCAGACAUGUCCAAGCAGACCCUGGACCUGCUAAGCCUCAUCAAUCAGUUCUUCCUGUUCUUCAAGUGCUCCGUGACACCCGUCCUGCUCCUCUGCCUCUGCAAACCGCUGGGCCAGGCCUUCAUGGAUUGCUGCUGCUGCUGUUGCGAGGAGUGCAGCCAGGACACAUCCUCCAGUGAUGGUAGCUCCAACAGUAAGCUCAAAACGGAGAUGUCCUCCUCCAUGUUCUUCGACAAACCCCGGGAGUCACCCCCACCAAUCACGGCCAUUGGCACGCCUUGCUAAGCUCAGCCAGCCCCAGGGGAAGCAGUAGAGAUUGUUCCAUUGGCUUAACCCAAGACCAAAUGUUGUUUUUACCUUAGUCUCAGUAUGUGAACAUGCACCAAGCAGCAGAGAGGAAGCAGGGGCUGCCUUUUCAUGUUUGAAAGCUCGGGCCAAGCCAGGGAGAUGGAAGUGCCGUUUCCAAUGGAUGUGGCUUCAUGGGCAGCUCUCUUGCUUCUGCUGCAAGGUCACCAAGGACUUGAGCAUCUUCCAGCCCUGCCUUGCUAGCUUGUGAGGUUAGUGGGGUUGCACUUCUGGGCAUGGAGGCAUCUUCAGUGAAGUGUUUUGGAGCGGUCCCAGCUGCAGUACAUCAAGGACUAGGAGUUUCCAUGGCGUCUCUUAGAGGAUGUAGCAAAUAUUAACCUGUCUGACCUGUCCCGGGUUCUUGCUGCCCUCCUUCCUCCCCAGUGGGAGGAGGCCUCAGUGACAGUACUCCUGUGUGAUGUAAGCACUCCCCAUCAGAGUCCCCUCUUCCUCAAUAAAUCAAUAUAACCUAGACAGAA